AUGGAGGACCUCAUCGAUAUCACAAAACUCACACUCUCCCUCCCAACCGCUUCAGCUCACUUCCCAGCAAUGUCAAAUGCAGUCGAUCAAUGGAACUCUAUCAAUAGCGCUAUUCGUCUUGUCAUGCAAAAUGUCCCGCACGACAUGGCACCAAGUGAACUCCUCGGGUUAUUCUAUCGAUUCUCGGGAACACUCGCAAAGUACGCGAAAAAGCUCGAAGGGUUUGCUGCUACGCCGAAAGAGUGGACGGACAUUCGCGCGGCCUAUAACAUGUACAUCGAGAAGUAUACUGCCCUAACCAAAGACGACGUUUCUGUGAAUCCCGAGCAGUUUGUCUUCAAUUUAGCUCGCGCAAAGCUUGGGGAAGCACUUCAGAAGAACGAGGAUUGUAAACUUCAGCAACUUCCCAUCACAGAAAACGUCAAAAAGUUAUUUAUUGAGUCCGACCAGCUUUUUGGUCUUCUUCUGGAGUGGUGUGAUAAAGAAGAGGAGUCGACAAUGGUUAUGAAAUUCGUCGAGUUAAUUAAAGAAGUUAUCAGCGGGUUCUGA